CCAGCGUACUUAUGUCAGUAGAGGUCAGUGAUAUUAUGCAUUUCGGGGUUGUUUCAGGUGGCAAUGUACUGUCAAGAGCAGGCUUUCGUGACAGCCCUGCCCUCAUAUAUUACGCAAAAGUAACAUCACUAACCAACAACCCUAUUAAAAUGAUGAAACUGAUCGUCGUCCUAUCCGCGCUGGUCGCAAUAGCGGCUGCCAAACCCAGCGUUGCUGCUGCAAUAGUCGCUGCCCCAGCACCCAUAGUCACCGCUACAAGCUCGCAGUACUACCACCGCAUUAACAACGGUCUUGCUGCUUACGUUGCUGCUCCUGCUGCAUACGCCGCUCCUGCUGCAUACGUCGCCCCCGCUGCGCCCUACGUAGCUGCUCCCUACUAUGCCCCUGCGUCUCCCUACGUAGCAGCAUCAGCCCCAUACGUCGUUGCCUACUAAAUGCCAUUACAAAAUACGAUACCAAAUGUGAUACUAUAAAGUAAA